AUGUUCAGCAAAGUCGCCCUCACCGCUCUCUGCUUCCUCGCCGUCGCACAGGCCCAACAGGUCGGUCGCGAGGUCGCCGAAAACCACCCCCGUCUCCCAUGGCAGCGCUGCACUCGCAACGGUGGAUGCCAGACUGUCUCCAACGGUCAGGUCGUCCUCGACGCCAACUGGCGAUGGCUCCAUGUCACCGACGGCUACACCAACUGCUACACCGGUAACGCCUGGAACAGCUCCGUCUGCUCCGACGGUGCUACCUGCGCCCAGCGAUGCGCUCUCGAAGGUGCCAACUACCAACAAACCUACGGUAUCACCACCAGCGGAGACGCCCUCACCAUCAAGUUCCUCACGCGUUCCGAGCAAACCAACAUCGGUGCUCGUGUCUACCUCAUGGAGAACGAGGACCGAUACCAGAUGUUCAACCUCCUCAACAAGGAGUUUACCUUCGACGUUGACGUCUCCAAGGUUCCUUGCGGUAUCAACGGUGCCCUCUACUUCAUCCAGAUGGACGCCGAUGGUGGCCUGAGCUCUCAGCCUAACAACAGGGCUGGUGCAAAGUACGGUACCGGCUACUGUGACUCUCAGUGCCCUCGUGACAUCAAGUUCAUUAACGGCGAGGUAUGUUAUUGUCGAGACUCCUGA